AUGGAAAAGCAGACAAAAAUUCGAUACGGCACUGAAAAGGCGAUUCAAUAUAUUCUGGCACCCGGUUCGGAUUCUGAACUGUCAGAGCUUGAAGAUGAUGAUGAUUGUGUGGAUGAAGUUGCAGCGAAUGAAUGCUGUGAGGCUGAUAAUCCAGAAUCAGAUGAUAGUGAUGUUGAUGAUAGUGAAGAAACUACCCCAGUUUUCAAGUGGAAAAAGAAGGAACCGGAAGCAAUUGAUGUAUCCUUUUCAGGGGCAGAAUUUACCCUACCUGAUAAUGUACAUGAACUGAGCCCUUUUUCAUAUUUUAAGAUGUUUUGGGAUGACACUAUUACCCAAAACAUUGUUGAACAAACAAAUUUGUAUAGUGUUCAACAAACAGGCAGCAGCAUUUCUACCACAAAGGAUGAAAUUGAAAAGCUGAUUGGUCUGCAAAUGAAAAUGGGCAUUGUAAAAAUGCCAAACUAUGAACUUUACUGGGAAAAGGAGUUGCGUUAUGAGCCAAUUGCAUCUGUUAUGCCAUCAAAGCGGUAUAAGAAGCUGCGACAGUUUCUUCAUGUAAAUGACAAUUCCAAAAAAGAUGACCCAGACAACAAAGACAAUCGUCUAUAUAAGGUGUUGCCAGUAAUUGAAGGAGUUCGACAAAAUUGUCUAAAGGUUGAGCCAGAGAUUUCUCACUCUAUUGAUGAACAAAUCAUCCCAGCUAAGACUAAAUAUAGUGGAAUUCGGCAAUAUAACCCGAAGAAACCAACUAAAUGGGGAUUUAAGAACUUUGUACGAGCUGGAAAAAGUGGUAUGAUCUAUGACUUCUUUAUUUAUGCUGGUGCCAAAAGUACUGGUCAAGAGAAAUGCACAUCGGAGUCAGUCGUUUUAAAACUUUGUGAAAGCUUGGCAAAGAACUGCAACCACUUGCUAUUUUUUGACAACUGGUUUGCAACGUUACCUCUUAUGUUGAAGCUGAAGUCUCUAGGCUAUCCCACCACUGCAACAGUUCGAGCUAACCGGAUUGCCAAAUGCCCUCUCAAGAGCGAGAAACAGCUGAAGAAGGAUGGUCGGGGAAGUUUUGACUACAGAACAGAUGAUACUUCAUCAAAAAAGGUGAAAAGAUGGGAUGGUAAAGCCAAGAAACAUGUUGACGUUAAGUGCCCAGAUGUUGUGUGCCAAUACAAUGAGUCCAUGGGUGGUGUUGACUUGGCUGACAUGCUGAUUGCUCUGUAUCGCACAAAGAUCAAGACGAAAAGGUGGUACCUUAAAGUCUUAUUCCAUUGUGUCGAUAUUGCCAAAGUGAAUGCCUGGAUUUUGUAUCGUCGCCACUGUGAUAUGGGGAAGGUGCCAAAGAAGCAGCAGCAGCCACUCCUAGACUUCAACAUAGCAAUCGCUGAAAGUCUGAUUAAGUGUGGCAAGUCUGGAAUGGCAAGGAAACGUGGUAGACCAUCAUUGGAAGAAGCUGAGUUGAGAGCAACAGCUGAGAAGAGAGGAAGAAAGCCAGACACGCCUUUGCCUGCCAAGGUUAUUCGGUUAGACAGCUCGCAUCACUGGCCUGAGUAUAAAGAAUCAAAGAACCGUUGUCGGCAUUGCAAACUUGGGUUCAGUAGAGUGUACUGUGACAAGUGCAAUGUCUGUCUGUGUCUUAGUAAUGCACGAAACUGCUUCAGAGAUUUUCACACUUUGUGA